AUGAUUUCCCGAAUCAUGUUUGGCUUUCUUCUCUUGCACUGUUGCCUUGUACCAGUGGCCAGUUUUACCUUUGAUAUAAAAUUUAGUGACUCAGAUGUACGAGGAAAUUUCAACCACUUCUGGAGGAGUACAGGCUUUUGUCCUCCAUUUCCUCACACAGAAGCUGGAACCUUUAAUUUGAGCCCGGACAUGAAGCAGAAUUUAGCUUAUAUUAGUGCUGUUCCUAAUGAUGGUAUUACACAGGUCAGAGUUCACUGGCUUUUUGAGCUUGUGAAAGUAAAUGGUUUUGUCAGUGGAGAGCCACAGUACAACUUCUCCCAGCUGGAUGAGUUUGUGGCAUUGGUGCAUGAAAAUGAGCUUCAUUUAGGAUUUGAACUAAUGGGAAACCCAUCAAAUAUUUACACAGAUUUUGAGAACAAUACUCAAGUUCACUGGUGGAAAAACCUAGUUACUCAGACUGCACAAAGAUACAUUGGAAAGUAUGGCAUUGAUUACAUAAGGAAGUGGAACUUUGAAUCAUGGAAUGAACCAGAUUGCCAUGACUUUGACAAUCUGACAAUGACAGUUCAAGGUUUCCUCAAUUACUAUGAUGCCUGCUCAGAAGGGCUAAUGUCAGUGGAUCCAAGACUAGUACUGGGAGGUCCUGGUGAUGCCUGCUUUACUGCAAUGGGUACACCCCGAUCAAAGUUUGCAGAUGCAUUUCUCAACCACACAGUUCAUGGCACCAACUAUUUCACAGGAGAGACCGGUGUCAGAGUGGACUUUCUCUCGUUUCAUUUCAAGGGAGAAGGAAAGGGGCUACUCAUUUUAGAAAAAGAAUUACAGAAUAUGCAGUAUAUAAAGACAACAUUCCCAGCACUAGCAGACAAACCUUACGUGAACAAUGAAGGGGAUCCAAUGGUAACCUGGAGCAGGCCACUGGAGUGGAGAGCAGAUGCUUAUUACGCUGGACUGGUGGCCAAGGUUAUAGCACAGCACCAGAAUAUUCUUAAGGGCCGACCAGACUCGGAAAUAAAAAACUAUACUCUUCUCGGCAACGACAAUGGCUUCCUGAGUUACUACCCAAACCAGUUCACACAACGCACACUUCUGGCACGUUUUCAGAUGAAUGUGACCAAGCCUAACUAUGUCACUUUUGUACGCAAGCCCGUCUACAUGGUCAUGAGCAUGCUGUCUUUACUGGGGGACCAACAAGUCUACGUAAACAAGUCUGAAUCAAAUACAAGUGACUUUGGGACCUUGGUCACUCUUCACCAAGCGAAGGACAACAAAAAUACUUCUGACAGUUGGCAGAUGGCUUUGCUCAUUUAUGGAGCCUCUGACCCCAACACUACAAGAACAUACGCCAUUAUGAGCAUCAACUGGGUGAUUGACCCACCGCCUGGCACCAAAAGUCUGAAGAUGGUGAUGUAUGCGAAUUACAAUGGAGGUGCAAAUCCAUAUGCUGUGUGGACCAGCUUUUUCAACAAGACAGCGUUCCCCUCACUAAAAGAGUUUGCUCAGAUUAGACAGGAGGAGGACCCAUUUUAUACUAAGUAUGAUGUCCCUGUGAAAGCAGGCUGGAUCCCUAUUCCUCCAAUGUUUCAAGUGUUGGACCCUCAUGUCAUUGUCAUGCAUCUGUGUGCAGAACCAGAAAUUCCACCAGAGAAGGUAACGGGGCUGAGGUUCAUCAAUGUCACAGCUGGCCAGGUCAUGAUUGUCUGGAGCGAUAGCAAUAUUCACACAAAGUGUAUACAGACUUAUGAUGUAGAACUGUCAACAUCAGGUCCCUCUGGACAUUACACAAAGGUUAAUACCCGCAAUUCUUUUAUCACCUUGUUCCUGUUUGAGACAGAUUCUGAAGAAAAAGUUAGAGGAUAUUACCGUGUACGAGCUGUCGACUACUGGCAGAGAGGGGGAGAUUACUCUGAUUCUCUUUUAUAUUCAGCUUAA